GGUCCACGUAGAACCCAUUAUGGUAAUGCAAACAUGAGGCGAUUAAGGCAUGGAUUUUUGUUGCUGGAUCCAUAUUUCCUAAGAAAGGGAGGGUGUACUGAAGGUGGGCAAAGGCACUCCUGGCCACCAUCAAGGAGCAGCGCUUGAUCUAAGAGCACCAACAAGCAGCGUACAUGAUCCUUCAGAGGGAGUGCUAUCCCAUCCAGAAAUGGUUGUACUCCCCCUUCUGCCUGGGGCAGAGGUUCUUUAGGGUUUGGAUUAGUUAAUCAGCAAACCAGGAUUGUUCCUUUCCCAGAUUUUAUUUAGAGAGAGAGUUACUGAUCCAAGGACCUCUCUUCUUAUUCCAUGACUGCUAAAUUUGCUCAGAAGUCUUUGGUGAGGAAUUUUAUCAAAAGCCUUUUGGAAGUCCAAGUAAGCAAUGUCCGCCGGAUCACCUGUCUACAUGUUUAUUGACACUCAAAGAACUCUAAAAGUUUGAUUUAAGAUACUGAAAAGUCAAAGGAGACGUAAAAGCAUAAAAGUGAUAAAGAAAAUAUUCUUUCUCUGAAUUGAGGGCUCAGUGUGGAGCCAUCAUGAGCGAUGUUACAAUUGUGAAAGAAGGUUGGGUUCAGAAAAGGGGGGAAUAUAUUAAAAACUGGAGGCCAAGAUACUUUUUAUUGAAGACAGACGGCUCUUUCAUUGGAUAUAAGGAGAAGCCUCAAGAUGUGGAUCUACCAUAUCCUCUUAACAACUUUUCAGUAGCAAAAUGCCAGCUAAUGAAAACAGAGAGACCAAAACCAAACACAUUUAUUAUCCGAUGUCUUCAAUGGACCACUGUGAUAGAAAGGACAUUUCACGUAGAUACACCAGAAGAACGGGAAGAAUGGACAGAAGCCAUCCAAGCAGUAGCAGACAGGCUUCAAAGGCAGGAAGAGGAGAGAAUGAACUGUAGUCCAACUUCACAAAUUGAUAAUAUUGGAGAGGAGGAGAUGGAUGCUUCCACAACCCAUCAUAAAAGAAAGACAAUGAAUGAUUUUGAUUACUUAAAACUACUUGGCAAAGGCACUUUUGGCAAAGUUAUUCUGGUCCGAGAGAAGGCAAGUGGGAAAUAUUAUGCUAUGAAGAUUUUGAAAAAGGAAGUUAUUAUUGCAAAGGACGAAGUGGCUCACACACUUACAGAAAGCAGAGUAUUGAAAAACACUAGACACCCCUUUCUAACGUCUUUGAAAUAUUCAUUCCAGACCAAGGACCGUUUGUGUUUUGUGAUGGAGUACGUCAAUGGAGGAGAGCUGUUUUUCCAUUUGUCGAGAGAGCGGGUGUUCUCUGAGGAUCGCACACGCUUCUAUGGUGCAGAAAUUGUUUCUGCUUUGGACUAUCUGCAUUCUGGAAAGAUUGUGUAUCGUGAUCUCAAGUUAGAGAAUCUAAUGUUGGAUAAAGAUGGACACAUAAAAAUUACAGAUUUUGGACUUUGCAAAGAAGGGAUCACAGAUGCAGCUACUAUGAAAACGUUCUGUGGCACACCAGAAUACUUGGCUCCUGAGGUUUUGGAAGACAAUGACUAUGGCCGUGCAGUAGAUUGGUGGGGUCUUGGAGUUGUCAUGUAUGAAAUGAUGUGUGGCAGGUUACCAUUCUACAACCAAGAUCAUGAAAAACUUUUUGAGCUCAUACUUAUGGAGGAUAUAAAAUUUCCUCGAACUCUCUCAUCUGAUGCAAAAUCACUGCUUUCAGGUCUCCUGAUAAAAGAUCCAAAUAAACGUCUUGGUGGAGGACCAGAUGAUGCUAAAGAAAUUAUGCGGCACAGUUUCUUUGCUGGAGUAAACUGGCAAGAUGUAUAUGAUAAAAAGGUGGUGUUGAAGUCCCAUGUGCUGGUUCCUCAUUUCUUGACAAGAGUUCUUCAGAAGCUGCUUGUCCCUCCUUUUAAACCUCAAGUGACAUCUGAGACAGACACCAGAUAUUUUGAUGAAGAGUUUACUGCUCAAACAAUUACAAUAACACCACCUGAAAAAUAUGAUGAAGAUGGCAUGGAUUGCAUGGAUAAUGAAAGACGACCACAUUUCCCUCAGUUUUCCUAUUCUGCAAGUGGAAGGGAAUAGCUCGUUGUUUUGUUCUGCUGCUUCACAGUCGUAUUAGAUUUAUCACUGAAUAUGAUUCCUGAACAUCACCACCAGUACUUGCUAUUAUUUAGGAUAGCAGAGCACUUUCAGAGAUCAUUCCAAAUUGAACAAGUUCCCUUCCUGACCAAUCAGCUGCUUUGAUUUAUCUGCAUGACAUUUUAUAUUGGUCUAAGGUCCCGUGCUGUUACUGCUGUUCACUGUUUCAGCAUGAAAGUAACAGUAAGAAGCAAGCCAAAAAUAUUGUGAUGUUAGAUGACAAAUUCUCAUUGGUGCAUUUUGUGCACAGCUGGCUAUCACUUUCUUGUCUUCUCAGAGUAGAGGCUAAAGGACAUGUUGGUCUGAGAAGUAUUCCUCACUUCUUCCAGAAGACAAAUCAAAAUUCUAAUAAAAAUGACAGUUAAUGAUGUUUUCACACAUCUGUUUGAACUGGACAGAACCAGGAAACAUAGAAGGUGGUGGUGUACAUAUGCAAAGCUUUGGUAGGCAUAUCAUCACUUGAAUCAGACUUGUCAUUAACAUCUGGAUGGAAACAUUCAGGAGAAGGACUUAUAAUUGUUAAUAUAUAUAAAUAAAUAUAUAUAUAUAUAUAUAUAUAAAUAUAUAUAUAUAUAAUUUUUUAAUUACUGUUGAAUACUACACAAGAAGCAAAAAGGCUGGGAUCACCUAGCCUCCCACUUAGACUUCCAGAUUCACGUGCAAUUAUGGAGAAUGGGACCUUUAAAAUGCAAGAAGUUAAGGCAUAAAUGCAGCAACUGAAGUUGUUUAAAGGUCUUAUGAUUUGCAUCUCUUUCAUGCUUCUCUUUUUUCUUUGUUGAUAUACAUCACCCCUGGAGGCUGAAGAAUGUAGACAGGCAUAACAACAUCGCUUUUCACCAAAAUUUGUACACUAAGGUAAACAUGAGUUUGCCUUACAUGUUUUUAUUUUGGGUUUGUGAAUUAGUUUUUUUCUUCAGGUGUUUUAACUGAAUAUUUUUUGUUACACUUCAGUAGUAUUUAUUUUUUAGUGACAACGAUUGUAUGUGUCAUGUUUGCAAAUGCUGCUACAUCCUAGAAGAGGCUUACCAUUUAUUUUGUAAUGUGUGGAAGGACUGUACAAGCUGAACAAAAUAAUGCACUUUUUAUCUCAUGUGAAAAUGUUAACAAGACUCUGAAAGUGUACCAUGUACUUAGAAUCGGAUUUCUGUAGCUGAAACAUUUCAUGGUCAAGAGAAAAUCCCAAAGCCAUGUAUCCAGAGGAUUCGUGCACUCUCCACUCAAGGUAAAUGUUAGUAUAGGAGUCAGAUAGCACCACUGUAGAGUCCAAAUUAUUAAGUCCACUCUCAUUACAAGAAAAAUAAUUCACUAUAAAAUUUCAAGAAUACAUUAGGUUGCUGGGAAUAGCCAUUUUAUGUGCUGUUUGACUAUGACUCACAAUAUUGUUAGUGAGUUGAAUUAACUUUCUCAAAAUAUUUAUUGAACAAGAUUUCUGAAUGUUUUAUUUUGUGAUUUAAAAAGUUAAACAGUGGGGGAAUGCAAUUUGUAAUACAGCCUUUGGUGAUUAGAGUUGGGAUUUUCCAAAUGAGCCAGUAAAUGUAAUAAUGGUACAUGCCAGAGGUAAUGACAUCACAGAAUGCUACUCCAUGGGAUUAUCAUUGAAGUAUCUUGGCUUCAUUAUCUUUCAACUCCUAUAACAAACUGUGAUUUAGCCAAGUAUUAUGAUUGAUGUGUACAUGACUUUUGAAAAGAAAAUAAUAUUUACAUGCAGAUGUCUCAGCCUCUUGAUGCUGAAAAUUUAUCGAUACCCCAGAAUGAAAACCACUGCAGGCAGUGGAAUAUGCUGGAGUUAUCAAGAGGCAUGUGGGCAUUUUAUUAAGGCAGCUAAGACAAACACAUACUUUCCAUUAGCAAAGUAGAUUUUAUCAUAUCGUUGCACCUCAACAGGUCGUGAAUAGUGUACACCUCUUGAGUGGAAGGAAUACCGAAUAAAACUACAUCUGCACCUACUGUUAAAGAGUGUGACACUGAAAUAGUGAGGAGCCGAGUGAAUCAGUGCUAGACAGAAAUUUAGUUUAUGAGCAGUGUCCCAGUAUACCAAAUGUCACCACAUGAUUUACUUAAUAUUCACAGUGGCCCCAAUCCAGAGUUUCUUAUAUGCAAAAAUCUCUCUGCUGGUCAGAUGGGCAGUGUGGUCCAUUGUGACCACGUCUCACCUUUUAAUGUGGGCAGAGCAAAAGCUUAGUAGUCUCACUGUCCAAACAGAAGAUCAGCACUGUCAGAGUUAGUACCACAUCUGUCUGUGUGUCAGAUACAUGCCAGCCGAAUUAGUAAGGAGCACCAUAUGCACAACCACUGGUGUGAGAUGUGGGAUUUCCCCUCCCAUACAGUUACCUUUCUUGCAUAACCCUGACAUCUGCACAUGGAUCAACUUUGCUGGAUUGGAACAAGUAUGCUUUCCAUGAUUUAAAACAUUUCCUAAUUAGGCGGGACUGCAGCUUAUAGCAGUGCUAUUUUAGCUUGUUCCUAAUCUAUAGAAAAAUAAUUUAACAUAAAAUAAAAUUAUCAAGCUGUUAUAUUUCAAUGUUAGAAUACUAUUUAUAGAAGCCAAUAGUGAAUUAUUUGAAAACCAUGCAGUAGGUCAGUUGAUAUGCUGGGUCAUUCCAUGGAGUCCCACUUUUACAUUUGAAAAGAAUAGCAACUCAUUCUGCAUUCUAAAUUGUUAAUACUAUUAUUAAAAUGACCAUUUAAAACCAGUGUAUUUGUCACAACCGUACCUGGUUACCAUACCUUGGUAAUAACUUACUGAUUUCAGAAUUGCUAGCAUGCUGGUCUGGGAGGAUAACACAGUAAAGUCUAAUUCUGGAGACUGGUAGAAAGACAAGGUAGGUGUUGUUUAAUUCGAGAAGUCUACAAAAUAGAAUUUCUAUGGUCUCACUCUCUGUACUGCUGUAGGUAUGCCUUACAUGGCUAUUCUCCAAAUCCCAGUUUUAUAUUUUUUUGAGUAUGGCGCAAUAUAAGAACUGGCUCAUUAGGUAUUAUUUCAAAUGCCUUUUUCUUACAAGUAUAAUAACAAAAAUACCAAACCUAGAACAACUGUGUUGAUGCUUAAGAAAAUACAAAAUAUAAACACUAUUGCCUGAUAUAGCUAUGAGCUAUGCAAUCACUGGGCUUAUACACUUACAAACCUAGCUGGAUGAGCAAUGGUAUGUAGAAAUGGGUCCAAUAGAUAUGGUUCUUCUCACCAGUCUAACAACCUGAGCUGCACCCUCGAAGCAUUCACCCCACCAAUCAGUAGUCAAAAUUGGGCUGGAUUCAGUCUCUUCCCUGUUGCUUCCCUGGCAAACAGCUAAUUGCCAGGAUUUCUUCUUGUUAAUAAGGGCUUCCAUGUGCAGCCUUGGUUAUUCAGUGUAUAUUUUGUAUUGGACACCACCA